UUCCAGUGAUGCUCCAGCCCAUCCCUAAAUCAUGGGCCAAUGGGGGCAGCUCAUUCACAACUCACAAGCUUCACUACAAUAGGUAAGGAGAGAGAGGCAGAGAGAUAAAUCCAAGCAGAAAGAGAGGGCGCGGGAUCGACUCUUGGGGGGCUGAAGACGAUGAGAAAGCUGAGAGAAGAGUGAAAGGACAGCAAGGGGAGAAGCCAACCCUCUGGAAUGAAGUGCUGACUGACAGCCUGACACAGAGGGGAUUAGACUUUGAAGAGAAGGACGCGAUGAGGAGGUGGAACGUGUGAGGAACGUCCAGCAGAGAAGAAGAAGACAGAGGAGCUGCACAGAGUGUGAGAGCAGACCUCUCCGGUGGAGAAGCUUGAGCAGGUGACGAUGCAGACAGGUGGACACAUGCAGCGAUUGCUCCUGGCUCUCAGCCUGGCUGGGAGCGUUUGGGCUACAGCCCCGGGAGCUUGGGGCUAUGGACGGAUCAAGGACAGACAGGGAUCAACGGGAGCCACUUUGUGCCCGGCUCAGUGCCAGUGUGAGGAGGACGGGAUCUUUGUCAUGGUGGACUGUUCGGAGUCUGGACUAUCAUCGGUGCCGAUGGACCUCAGUCCCUUCACUACAUACCUGGACCUGAGCAUGAACAACAUCAGUGAGAUCCAGCCCAGAGCUUUCCACCGGCUGCACCUGCUAUCAGAACUGCGGAUCUCAGGGAAUCAGUUGAGGUACAUCUCCGGCAGCGCUCUCCAGGGUCUCGACAACCUCAAAGUUCUGAUGCUGCAGAAUAACCAGCUGGAAAGACUUCCUGAUGAUGCACCGUGGGACCUGCCCAACCUGCUGUCCUUGCGUCUGGAUGCAAACCUAUUGUCUGAGGUUCCAGCGUCGGCCUUCAGAGGAGUGCGGUCGCUGAGGCACCUCUGGUUGGAUGACAACUGGCUAACAGAGAUCCCGGUUUCAGCUCUGGACUCGCUGCCUUCCCUCCAGGCCAUGACACUGGCGCUCAACAGGAUUAAAAGCAUCCCGGACCACGCAUUCACCAACCUCUCUGCCCUCGUCGUCUUGCAUCUUCACAACAACCUGAUCAAGAAUAUGGGCGAGAAAUGUUUUGAAGGUCUGCAGAGCCUGGAGACGCUAGAUUUAAACUACAACGACUUGCAGGAGUUUCCUGUGGCCAUCAGGACGCUGAGCAAGCUUCAAGAACUGGGUUUCCAUAACAACAAUAUCAAAGCCAUCCCAGAGAGGGCCUUCGUGGGAAACCCUCAGCUACAAACCAUUCACUUUUACGAAAACCCCAUCCAGUUUGUGGGGAAAUCCGCCUUCCAGUUCCUUCCCAAGCUGCACACGCUCUCCCUCAACGGAGCGACCCUAAUUCGAGAGUUUCCUGACCUGAAAGGCACCACAAGCCUGGAAAUUCUGACGCUGACGCGGGCCGGACUCUCAGCGCUCCCUCUGGAUCUGUGCGAGCAGCUGCCUCACCUCAGAGUGCUGGAGCUCUCUUAUAACCAGAUAGUGGAUCUCCCAAGCUUCUUUCACUGUUCUGCACUUCAAGAGAUAGGACUGCAGCACAACCAGAUCGGCAGGAUCGACUCCAACACCUUCCAGCAGCUUGGGUCUCUCCGAUCACUUGAUCUCAGCUGGAAUACCAUCGAGUGGAUCCACCAAGAUGCCUUCCUCUCCCUGCACUCUUUAGUCAAACUGGACUUGACUGAAAACCAGCUGAGCUCCAUGCCAGUCUCGGGCCUCGCGGGUCUCACACACCUCAAGCUGAAGGGCAACACGGAAUUGUAUGAGGCCCUCAGUCCCGACAACUUCCCCCACAUGAGGGUGAUCGAGAUGCCGUACGCGUACCAGUGCUGCGUGUAUGGCUCCUGUGACAACUUCAAGCCAGCAAACCACUGGGAGAUGGAGCAGAGCAACCCUGAGGAGAGCUUGCACAAGAGAACUGUGGCCAUCUAUCCCGUCCACGCCGACACACACUACGACCCUGACCUGGAGGAGUUCCAGUUGGAGCUAGAGGAAGCCAGACUACAGACAAGUGUCCAGUGCACACCAACACCAGGUCCAUUCCGGCCCUGUGACUCUCUACUGGGCAGCUGGCUGGUUCGUGUUGGCCUCUGGUGCAUCUCACUGGUGUCUCUCCUGGGAAACUCGCUGCUGCUCCUCUCGCUGUUCAGCUCGUCGGGGUACCUCUCACCGCUACGCUUCACCGUGGCCUGUAUGGGCGCCUCCAACCUCCUGACAGGGGUGUGCACGUGCACCCUGGCUCUGGUCGACGCCCUGACCCUGGGGGAGUUCAGCCACCACGGAGCCCGCUGGGAAGGAGGGCCAGGCUGCCAGGCGACUGGAUGGGUUUCCGUUUUUGCAUCCGAGGCCAGUGUGCUGCUGCUCACCCUGGCGGCGGUUCAGUGUGGCGUGAGCGUGACCUGUGCUCGUACCCUUGGAAAAUCCCCCUCGCUUGGGAGUGUUCGCACAUGUGCACUCUUCUGCGUCGCCCUCUCACUCACACUGGCUUGUCUUCCUCUUCUUGGUGUUGGAGAGUACAGGUCAUCACCGUUUUGCCUUCCGACACCACUACCACCUCCCACCGCUCAGUUGCCGACCUCCCUCAUCUUCCCUCUAACUCUGAUCAUGCUCAACACGCUGUGUUUUCUCAUCGUCACGGGCUCAUACAUCCGUCUUUACUGGGAGUUGCUACGAGGGGAAUGCGAGGGCUUCUGGGACUGCGCUAUGAUCAAACACGUGGCCUGGUUAAUAUUCACCAACGGCCUUCUCUACGUGCCGGUGGCAUUCCUCUCCCUCUGCUCACUGCUGGGUCUGCUCUCUCUUAGUGAGGAGGUCCUCAAAUCAGUCCUCCUGCUCCUCCAGCCCCUGCCAGCGUGCCUCAACCCCCUCCUCUUCCUUUUAUUCACACGAGACAACUCGCAGCUCUUCUCCUGGUCUCGUCCCAAAGCGUUACCGCAGCUGCGCCGGGACCGCACUCUGGACUCGCUGGUGUCCGUGGAGACAGAGAAAAGCUCCUGCUCCGAGUCAUCAACACGGGAGUCCCUGUCUGAUGUGGACGCCCUUUACAGUGGAGGGGGUUCUCUCCAAACACGACUGGAUCCCAUUAGGUUCUCUCAUUGCUCCUCCAACUCAGUCGUCCCUCUAAUCCCCUGCCAAAUAAUGCCAACCAGUAGCAGAGAAAGAGACAGAGUAGAAGAUCGGGGAAGCCAGGACCACCCUGAAUGCCUCAGCAGCUUGGAUCAGGAAAUGACUCACAACACUUGUUCAUUGUAUCACUCCUCCACAACCUAUCCGUGAGUUCCCACACUCAUCUGGACAAUCAUUUCAGGAAAGCAAGGACACUUCUGGGUAUUCAGUCCUGAAGAACGAGCGACACUGUAGUGUCCUCACAAAGUGCCUCUGUUUUGGAAGUUGCUUUAUAAGACAGGAUUUUUUCAAAACCCCGACACAGAACUGUGCAAAGGCUGAACUGGAGAAGCUCAUCUGUUCUCUCCACCUUCAUCAGCACCAACACUAUCGUUGGCCGCUGCAGCAAAGGAGAAUACAGAAGCGUGAAACAAAUGUGGUGCCUCUUUCAACCAACAUACAGCUGGUGAGGCAGAAAUAGUGGAUUUAUUAUAAACAUGGAUGUCAAACCAUAAUGUGAUGAGAUUUACUGAAUGUCUGGUUUUAUUAUCUUUUUCUAAAAUAUCAUCUUCAAUAAAGGGAUUCACUCAGACACUUCAGAGUAAGCUAAUAUGUGUAGAACUGUUACAAAUAGUUUUAGAUAUUGGAUGAGAGGUUACGCCAAGGCUGCUAGGUGUAUCUUCAAAACAUCGACACAAACAAAAUCUGCCACCACACUGAUCUCGCCAUACAAGCCCUGAAAAUUCUGAGAAGCUAAUGUAGAUAACAAGAGGGAGUGACAAAACCUUCUUAGCUCUCAGGUUAUUCGCAUUAAAUCCACGCAUGUCAGUGAGUUCUCUACUGUCAGUACAUCAGAUACUUGAACUCUUAAAAACUGGCGCCUCAACACCAACUUCAGAUCACACCUAAUUCCUUUCACAUUUAAACCAAAACAUGACCUCAGUGUUUUAAUUUAUCGCGAGCAAUACUGCCACCACGAUAGACAAUCUGACAAGGUGCUGCCUUCAUGUACAGUUUGGUCUUCAACAACAUAUCCGUCUACCAGUGAACUAUGGAGUAGCCUAGCAACUAUGUACAUACAAUGUAACUACCUCUGAACUAGCAUGCUAAUGACUUACUACAGCCUUUUGAUGUUUGUGAUAAACACCAAAUAUGCUUUAUAUUUUGACAAACAAAUUCAUAGUUUAAAAAAAUAUAUCAAAUGUUUUUUGCAAAUGUUAUUUAGGAUGUAUAUACUGUGUACAACCGUCAGUCAUAUUGUUGAA